CAAUUCGAAGACUGGAGAAUACAACCAAGUAGCUACAGUAUUUAUACCCAGAUCCAGUCUGAGUCAUAUCUACAACUAAUGAGUCACAAGGCUAUGUACCGCAUGGAGCACUGGUCAUGGGUUGUAGUAGAACCUUCUGGAGCAUAUGUCGCGCAGCCUUGGAUCAAUAAAGGUGAUCCCCUGGACCCCUAGCCCGGACCAUCAGAUGCCGUGAUCUGUGAUAAGAUAAUCUGUGCUGAGAUAAGAUAAGAUGGUCGAUGAUAAGAUAAAAAGGAGUAGUUCGAUGUUUCUUGAUUUGCCGCUAGUGGUUCAGGCGGGGCCCAUAACCUGUCGCAGACAAUACCGCGCAGUGGAGAUACGACCAGUAGCGAUCACCUAUAAGACAGAGUCUCAGCGAGUGUAGAGACACAGGAGCUAUAUCAUUAGCUGUACCUAUAAGACAGAGUCU